AUGUUUCCUAGUGCUUCUGCUACGGUUUCAGUAAGACUUAAAUACCCCAUUGAGAGGUUACAAUCUAUAUAUCAAAGCAUUGCUCUGAAGGCAUGUGAAAUCUUUGAUGAAGAUCCCUCUAUACUUUGGAGGAAAAAUCCUCUAAAGAACAUUAAUCUUAAUAAGAGAGAUGCUACCCGUGAUGGGAUAAAAUAUUUAUCUGGAAAGACAUACGCUCUGGACUACUUGUCUUACUUUCCUUUAAACCAAAAUGAGCUUUUAUAUCCAUUACGGACGAAAUAUGCUUCUAUUGUUCCUAUUAAACACGCCCAAAAUCCCAAUUCUCCAUCAUCAAAGCUGAAAGAUCUUCUUCCUUCAACAGCAAAGACCUCUUUUACCGAUAUUGAUAGAUCAAAAAACUAUCCAGUAUCGAAUGAAGAACAAGCCUGCCUUUCUACCUUGGAGUCUUCUUUAGAGCCUGAUGGGCAUCUUUUCCAUAUUUCAAGGGAACUUGGUGCUGCCUUCAAUUUUAUACCGCCCGAGCUAAACUCCGUAUACAAAGCAAAUGUGCGAGAAAGAAAAAAGAUUCAUAACAAGCUUCCACCUGCCAGAAGUGUUGUCAAAAGGGCUAAAAAAACAAAGAAAUAA